UCCGCCCCUCUCGCGCCGCCUCCAAACGGACCGCAAUGAUUUAGAAGUUCAGGAAUCCCACGUGACGUCACCGGGGGGUGACGUUAUGCUUCUCUAAAUAGAUCGUAUUGUAAUCUUUUCUCAGUCCAACGUGGUUUCUUCUGAGAGACUGCUUCACAUUUUCUACACUUGUUUGGUGAGUUGAAAACCUCCCUACACCACCAUGCAGAGGACCAUGCAUGCGCCUCUGCAGUUUUAUGAGAAGGUGGCCAGAGUGAUGAACUCAGACCAGGAAAGGCCGUUCGUGUGCAACGCUCCUGGCUGUUCUCAGCGAUUCCCCACGGAGGACCAUCUGAUGAUACAUCGACACAAACAUGAGAUGACCCUUAAAUUCCCCUCCAUAAAGAACGACAACAUGUUAUCGGACCAGACGCCCACACCGACACGCUUCUUGAAGAACUGUGAGGAGGUGGGAUUGUUUAGUGAACUGGACUGCUCUAUUGAGCAGGAGUUUUGCAAGGCCCAAGAAGAAGAGGACAGUAAACAGAACAUCUCACUGCAUGGCCAGGCAGGCCAAGGCCAGCACCAGCAUUCCCACUCACGGAUGGGCAACCACGAUACCAGCAUAGUGAUCCAGCAGGCCCUGCCCUCUCCUCAGUCCAGCUCUGUCAUCACUCAGGCUCCAUCCACCAACAGACAGAUAGGGCCUGUCCCCGGCUCUCUGUCCUCAUUGCUGCAUCUACGAAACAGACAGAGACAGCCUCUGCCAGCCUCCAUGCCUGGAACUCUGCCAGACCCGACCAUGCCUGGCUCCUCGGCUGUGCUGAUGCCUAUGGAGAGACAAAUGUCCAUGGGCUCCAAUAUGAUGGGUAUGCAAGCACCCACCCACAGCAGCUCCUGCUCUUCCACUCACAUUCCCUCCAUGCACUCAGAAGCCAAACUGAGGCUGAAGGCUGCACUUUCACACCACCCAGGUGCCAUCGCCAACGGCAACAUGAACUCCAUGGGCCACAUGAUGGAGAUGAUGUCAUCGCGGCAGGAGCAAGGCGGCCACCAUCACAUGCACUCGCACCCGCACCAGCACCUGCAAGCUCCUCCACACGCGUACCAGCACCACGGCCACCAUCAUCACAGCCAGGGACACGGCCAGGGUGGACACCACCACCCGCAGGGACACAACCCCCAUCACAACUCCCACAAUCCCCAUCUCCAUCCCGGGCACCCACACCAGACCUCACCGCACCCUCCAAUGCACUCUUCUUCACAUAUGUCACCUGCAACCCAGCAGAUGCAGCCCACGCAGACGCUGCAGUCUCCGCCCCCCAGCGGCGGGCGGCGUAGGCGAGUAGUGGACGAGGAUCCGGAUGAACGUCGGCGAAAGUUUCUGGAGCGGAACAGAGCAGCAGCAACAAGAUGCAGGCAGAAGAGAAAAGUGUGGGUGAUGUCAUUAGAGAAGAAAGCGGAAGAGCUCACUCAGACCAACAUGCAGCUUCAGAAUGAAGUGACCAUGCUAAAGAACGAGGUGACCCAACUCAAGCAGCUUCUCCUCACACACAAGGACUGUCCCAUCACCACUAUGCAGAAAGAGUCCCAAGGUUACCUCAGUCCAGAGAGCAGUCCGGCAGGCAGUCCAGCGCCAGCAUGCUCCCAGCAGCAGGUCAUUCAGCACAACACCAUCACCACCUCCACCACAAACGUAGGGGGCAGCAGUGUGCACGGGCAAGCCAACCACCGCACAGACAUUAACCCCAUCCACUAGGGACAGGAGAGACUAUACCCCGGCUGUAGCCCCAGACUCCCCCCCUCCCCAUUACCCUGCUUUCUGAGGGUUGCCAGCUGCACAUGCUGCCCCCCUCCCUCCAUCAAGAAAAAACCUCAAAGGCCCACAAGGCUGUUCUUUAUACAGUAGCUACAGUAUGUAUUUUUAUAGACCAACCCUAUUAACGCGUAAAUGUUCAAUGGUUUGUUGCCUCUUUUUUUAAUCUUUUUUUUUUUUGUGCUUUUAGCAAAAAGGGAGUUUUUUGCAAAUCUCAUGCAGCAUUUAAGUGACUUUUUUCUGUUGCGUAAUGGUACAAAAUGGACCACGGUGGUCAUGGAACCAGAGGAAAGAGACAUUAGCCUCAGACUAGUCAUCUCUAUAAGCAAACCUUACAUCUCUGUACGCCUGAUGGACUGAGAAAUGAGUCGAAUCAUUCUCUGAAUAUCACAUGUAAGCAGUAUGUUGAGUGUAUGCAACAGACUCUUAAAUGAGCGGGGUGUUGCUGCCUUUAGGUUUUCUUCUGACUGUCACCAUGAUGUCUUGAAGACAUGAAUAUGCAAGCAGGUGUCAUGAUUCUUUUUUUUCCUAGAAACGUAUAUAUGACUGUUAAUCUUUUCCCUGUCGGCGAUAUUCGUAAAGAGUGUUAUAAAGUACAGCAUGACAGUGAAAACAUGAUCAAAUGGAAGCAAUACUUUGCAGUAUUGAUCCUCUUCAAUACAUGACAGUAUUGAUCAUCUUCUCUACUGUAUGUCCACAUUAUGAUCAGCAUGGCCAAGCCACUCUGGUCCCGAGGACAUACGAUGCUGUUACAGCUACAGAACUGUACACUGUGAUACCAGUGAGGCAGCUCAGGGGUUUGAAACAAACCCCUACGCUCUCCAGGACCAACUAAAGCUUUAAUUAUUGAGGCCUCUUUUUUUUGUGUGUUUGUGCAUCUGGAUCCACAUUUUGGAUCCAAAUCAAAUUCAAAAUCCCAAAUGACUAUAACAUUCGAAUGCGUGCGUCUGCAUUGUUUUGAGUGCGCAUAUGAGUUAUGUAUAUUAUGUGUUUGUGUUAUGUCUUCUUUCCUCUGCCGAACAAAGUUCAGCAGGUGUGUAAAGAAAGAAAAAAAAAAACAAGUGUGCGAGAAGGAGACUGUGAGCAUGAUGUUUUUUUGAUUGGCAUCCAGCAACUGGCAAAGUGUUUUACAGUUUCUAACGACGAGCAGUGUAUGCCUGGGCUUUCCAAAAUGUCACAAUGUGCCUGAAUCUUUCUUAAAAUCUUUUGUUGCCACUUUUCUUUCUCCAAGCAAUCAAAUUGUUUCAUUCUUAGUGCAUUAGUAAUGAGGGUUUUUUGUUGUUGUUGUUGUUAUUGGCUAUGUCACAGAUAUCUGCUGCAUGUAAGAGCAGCUGACCAAGGAGAAAAAUAUCCAUUUUCCAUUCGACCUCUGACCUCUUCAUCAAUUUAUCUUCCUCUCUUUCCUCCUGUGCUGUUCACAUUGGUGAUAAAUGUACUGAUAAUGAUAUAGGCUUUUACCUUCUUUUUUAAAUUUUUAUCUCCCCUCCAGCCUUGAAACUUCAUGCCUUCUUAUGUUGACCACAACUGCUCUUUCUCUCUCAUUUCCUAUGACCAGGAAUGUUGAUUCAUUAGCAUGAUGACCAUAAUGCACUGUGUUUUGCAGUAGGAUAGAUAAAAUACAUUCCACUGACAGGUGGAGCGAUCGCAGAGCUGUCUAUGCACUUUGUCCUCUGUCAUGCCAGAGGGUAGAAUAGCCAUAUUAAGGUCCGAGUAAUUCUCAGUGAUCCCCUUUUUUCACACACCAGCGAGAAACUUAACUGUGUUUGGCUUUAUGGCGACACUGUGCCUGGCAUGCAUCACAUGUCUAUAGAUAGAAGACGGGAACCUAGAGCUCGUAUUGUAAAAUGAGACUCAGUUAAAAGGACCCUGCACCAUUAAGUUUAUGCCCUUUUUUUAUUCUGGAAAAAAAAACUCAACUUCAGCUCCAGUUUUAUCAAAGAUGAAGGAAUAUCUUUAUAAUCUUCAUAAUGGGUUACAUAUAAGUUUUGUCAAAGCAUUCGGACUGUUAAUGUCAUGUCUUAACCUUAGAGUCACUGUGUGUGAAGUUUGAUGUGUGUGUUGAUGAGACAGAGAAAUUGACUCUCUUGAAAAGGGCUUUGUCGUACCAACCAUUUGAACUGAAGCUUGCCUUAUUUUAGUGUUUCUAAAACCAUAUUUAGAUCAUUAGACCAUUCCAAAAUAACCUUUUGCAUGUGAAAAUAUGGUAAUGACCUCAAACUUUCAACUGGAAUCAUUUGAAGACUGUCCGCUAUUUUAGAGUUAGAUAUGAGAGUCUCUAGUUUCAUUUGUAACAGUGGAUCCAGGUUCAGAAAAAGACAUUUGUUACUGCAGAGGCAGACAAAAUGGACAGGUGGACGUGCAGUGUGAGUGUGUCUGUGUGGUUUUGUGAGAGGUGGAGAAAAAAUUCCUACACAUUAAUGAUGUUAUAAUUGUAUUAUUUUAAAUCUAAAACUAUAAAUAUUGUACAUAAUGUCAUUCAUUUCUGUAAUCCUGUACAUGUAAUGCAACCACCUUUCUUUUUGAAGGGAGUAAAUGUGUGGUACAUGUUUGUAAAUAAUGUUCGCAUAGCACUUGUUGCCUUUUGUUGUAUGUCGAGGCUCAUUUCAGCGCUUAAAUACAUUGUUUAUAUGUAAUGAACUGAUGAAUCCAUUCUUGCCUGCAUAACUUUGUACAUUUUUUGUGUCUGUAAUGACAUUAUCUCCAUUUUUUGUUUUUUUUGUUUUGCAUUUGUACAGAUGUUAAAGUUAUCACUGCAGUUACAUUACGGUAUGAAAAUAAAGCACUUGUUCUGUAACAUA